GACAUGAAUGCAGCAUCCAGCACAGCUGCUAGUUUUGCAUACGUUUGUUCUACAUUUGUCUAGGGCGGAGAGCUGGAAAGUUCGUACUAUUUGUAUGCGGUUGUUCAACAAGGUGGUCAACAAGUUGCUUUUUAUCUGCCUGGCAGAAUAUGCCUUCUAGGAAAACUGUAACAUAUGCUUCAAGCAGUUGCUGGAUGCAGUCCCUUAGGCAUCUGGUGGUACUCUCCUCUCUGUGUCAUUUUAUAUCUGGAUACUCUGAGAGAGAGAGAGUACAUGACUUGAUGUCCAGAUAUCCUCUUAUUGAUGGUCAUAAUGAUCUAGCUCUCCAGCUGAGGAUACUUCACAACAAUCGGCUGACCCAAAUUGACCUUCACAAUGUCAGCAAAGUGGCCACUGACAUCACUCGUCUCCAAGCAGGCCAUGUACAGGCACAGAUGUUUGCAGUCUAUGUGAUGUGUGGGGCCCAGGAGAAGGAUGCUGUGAGGCUGACUCUGGAACAAAUAGACGUGGUCAGACGCAUGUGCACUGAGUACCAGGAAUUUGAGCUGGUCACAUCUGCCCAGGAACUGAAGAGUUCUGAGAUGAGGCAUAAGAUAGCCUGUCUAAUAAGUAUCGAGGGGGGUCACUCUAUUGACAGCAGCCUGCCAGCCCUGCGGAUGUAUUACCAGCUUGGAGUCCGCUCCAUGGCCCUCACACAUACAUGCAAUACACCCUGGGCUGAAUCAUCCUCAAAACUUUAUAAUAUCUAUCGAAGACAGAACAACAGCCUGACACGCUUUGGGAAGGCCGUGGUGGAGGAGAUGAACAGACUGGGAAUGUUAGUGGACCUCUCCCACACUUCUUGGGACACAGCCUGGGCUGUGCUGAAGCAUUCAAAAGCUCCUGUAAUAUUUAGCCAUUCAUCUUCCUACUCCAUCUGUAACCACGACCGCAAUGUACCUGACUGGCUGCUGCAUGAGCUGAAAAAGAACAGAGGAUUGAUCAUGGUCAAUCUCCACAGCAAAUUCAUUUCCUGCAGGGAUGAAGCCAACAUCUCUCGUGUGGCUGACCAUUUUGAUCACAUUAAGAAGGUGAUCGGAGCUGAGUCGAUUGGAAUUGGAGGGGACUUUGAAGGUGCAGUGAGCUUUCCCAAGGGGUUAGAGGAUGUGUCAAAGUAUCCUGCCCUAAUCCAGGAACUCCUGGAAAGGAACUGGACUGAGAAUGAGUUGGCUGAUGUCCUUCGAAGGAACUUCCUGCAAGUGUUUGAGGAAGUGGAGAGGGUCCGUGAUCAGUUGAGUUUGAACCGGCCCAGUGAGGUCCAGAUCCCCGUAGAGGAGGUGCAGAACCCCUGCAGGCUGGUCCUCAGGCCUCCUGACCCAAGAGGGCUGCCCACUAACCAGAGUCCCCUCUCCAGAGCCCAACAUGGACCAAAAGGUCUGCUAAUUCUUGCCAUAGUUCUGCUGCUUUCCAGCCUACUUAUGCUUGAAUGAUUAUUUAGAAACUCCGUUCAGCUACACCUUCUUUUUUGAAGUGCAUCAUUUUUAAUAUAAACAAGCAGAGCUUAGUGAGAUUGCUGUAGCCAUUUGUGGGUCACCCCAUCACUCCACAGGUCAGUAAAGAUAAGGGAAGAUUAAUAAUUUUCCCUCCACCAAUACAAAAAAGCACUUAAUGUGUAGCCCCAUUUGGGAGGUCAUUUAAAUGCCAACGUUCUGUAUAUACAGUUUUGCUAUACAUAUAAAAAAAUAUAUAUAUAUAUAUAACAUCAGUCCUCUGAAAGGCACUUUACCAUUCAUUUUGGAAUUUAUUUAAUAGAUAUUUGAUUUGUUGCUGAAUUUGCUAUACAUGUGCUGACAUCAUCGCUAGAGAAUAAUGAUGCAGAUAAAUAAAACUGCAGAGAUGGCACUUUAA